CGCCCCUCAAUCAGUAAACGUUUCCUCGGGCUUGACAGUUUUCGCAGUAAGUCACGUCUCCCUGACUGGUCGCCUACAGAACUACUUCUUUCUCUCACUCGAGACUAAACGGUGUGAAGGAAUGAAUAGCUCGAGGGAUGAGUGAAUGAGUAGUGAGCUUGCGACGCGAGAUACACCCACCUUCACAUGCCUGAACUGAGGAGGCGCGAGCUGUAAAUAGUUUGCGCGAGGUGAAGAUAAGCUUUGCAGAAAUCAUUGAGGAGCAAAAACGACACGAGGAUUAAAAGAGUUUGCUCCCCACAGUAGACGCAGGAGAGGAUGCACGCCCGUGGCUCCAGGACACUUGGUGCACUGUGCUUCUUGGCACUAACGUCACUGUUUACCAAACCCACACGAGGCGAAGCGCCUGCUCCAAGAAGACUGCGGUUUAAGGAGAUAGGUUCAGGCAUGCUCAGUGUGUCCUGGAAAGAGCCAAAAGGAACGUAUGACGGCUACAAGUUCGUCUACAGCUCUGGCUCAGGAGGACGUGAGACAGAACUCCGACUCAACAAGGAAGAGGCCAAAGCUGUAAUUACUGACUUUGACCCUAGUAAAGAGUACACCGUCAGAGUCAUGACACUUAGUGGCUCUCAGCAGAGCAAACCAUUACUGGGGACAUAUAAAGCACCCAGGUCAGAGGUGAGUGACAGAGGCCUGCAGAUACACAGAGAGAGUCAGAACAAUGAGCCUGAAAAGGGCAACGAGAUCAGUGAAGCAGUGGAUGCGUUCACGUGUAAAACUCCAGCUAUAGCUGACAUUGUGAUUCUGGUUGACGGCUCCUGGAGUAUUGGCCGCAUUAAUUUCCGUCUGGUGCGCACGUUUCUCGAGAGCCUUGUAUCGGCCUUCUCUGUCAGCUCGGGCCAAACACGAGUUGGGUUGGCCCAGUACAGUGGAGACCCCAGGAUUGAGUGGAAUUUGAACACGUACUCCAAUAAAGAUGCUGUCAUCAGUGCUGUGAAGAAUCUGCCCUACAAAGGAGGAAACACAUUAACAGGUCUUGCUUUGAUGUACAUUCUGGAGAACAGCUUUAAGCCAGAGUCUGGGUCCAGGACUGGUGUUCCAAAAAUUGGAAUUCUGAUCACAGAUGGAAAGUCUCAGGAUGAUGUCCAGCGUCCCGCCCAGAGCCUGAAAGUGGCAGGAAUAGAGCUGUUUGCCAUCGGUGUGAAGAAUGCUGAUGAGAACGAGCUACGUGCAAUCGCCUCUCCUCCAGAGGACACACAUGUGUAUAACGUAGCUGACUUCAGUGUAAUGAGCUCCAUAGUGGAUGGCCUGACUAGGGCUGUGUGCGACCGUGUUGAACAUCUCCACAGAGAGAUCAAAGGAGAAUCUGGGCCUUCCACGGCUCCUGGCACACCUCGUGACCUUGUGACCUCUGAAGUCACAGCCAGGAGUUUCCGAGUGUCCUGGACUCAUGCAUCUGGAACAGUGGAGAAGUACAGGGUGGUGUACUACGACUCCAAAGAAGCCAAGCCAGAGGAGGUGGUGGUGAACGGAGAUCAGAACUCAGUAGUGCUGCACCAUCUCAACUCUCUGGCUGAGUAUCAGGUGGCUGUGUUCGCCAUCUACAGCAACUCUGCCAGUGCGGCUCUCCGUGGCACUGAGACCACACUGGCUUUGCCCAUGGUGAAUGAACUGGAGCUGUAUGACAUCACACACAGCAGCAUGCGUGUGCGCUGGGGGACUGCAGAAGGGGCUUCUGGUUACAUGAUCCUGUACGCACCGCUCACAGAUGCAGAGGCCGCUGACGAGAAGGAGGUUAAAGUAGCAGACACUGUAACUGAGAUCGAGCUUGAGGAUCUCACCCCUGCAACCGAGUACACAGUUACUGUCUAUGCCAUGUAUGGAGAUGAAGCCAGCGACCCCAGGACUGGCCAAGAGACCACACUUCCUCUCACUCCUGCCCGUGAUCUGAGGAUCACGGAUGUAACUCACAGCUCAGCUAAACUCAGCUGGGACGUGGCUUCUCGUAAAGCUAUUGGCUAUCGCAUUAUGUACGUGAAGACAGAGGGAGUUCAGACCAGCGAGGUUGAGGUGGGCCGUGUGACUACGCUGUUGCUAAGCAACCUGACCUCUUUGACAGAGUAUACUGUGGCGAUCUUUGCCAUCUACGAUGAAGGACAAGCCGAAUCUGUUACAGACACAUUCACAACAAAAUCGGUUCCUGCACUUCUGGGCAUGAGGAGUGGAGAUGUGACCACAGACAGUCUCAGGGUGAGCUGGCAACAUGCAGCUCCUGAUGUCGCCCUGUACAGACUCACUUGGACCCCUGUCAGCGGUGGAGAGACCAGAGAAAUUGUGAUUGGAGCUAACAGGAACUCAUAUGUGAUUACGGGACUGAGACCUUUGACUGAAUAUGAGGUUACACUGACAGCCAUCUACAGACACGAAGAAGAGAGUGAAACCCUCAAGCUCAGAGAAACUACAGUUGCUAGAACAACAACAGCGGCGACCACCACUACCAUCACAACUACAGCAGUAGUUCGUGUUGGUGUGCGUGCUCUGCAGCUCAGUGACUUCACUACAUUCAGCAUGGGUGUGUCAUGGGAACUGCUGGACACAAAUGUGCACCAGUACAGAGUUUCCUACAUCACCGCACGCGGAGACCGAGCGGAACAGGUGAUGAUGGUUCCAGGACGCCACAGCUCAGUGGUGCUGCAGCCCCUGCUGUCCGAUACAGAGUACAGAGUGAGCGUGACACCUGUCUACGCAGACGGGGUCGGACCCUCCGUCACCCGCGCCGCACGCACAUUACCUCUCUCUGCUCCUAAGAAUCUGAGGGUUUCCGAGCAAUGGUACAAUCGAUUCCGUAUCACCUGGGACACACCCCCUUCUCCCACUAUGGGCUACAGAAUCAUCUACCAGCCUGUCUCAGCACCGGGUCGCGCCCUUGAAACGUUUGUCGGUGACGACGUGAACACCAUGCUGAUCUUAAACCUGUUGAGUGGGACAGAGUACAGCGUAAAGGUCAUCGCCACCUACACCACAGAUUCCAGUGACGCUCUCAUGGGCAGAGCCAAGACACUUCACCUUGGCGUCACUGACCUGAGCACCUAUCAGGUGCGGAUGAACAGUAUGUGUGCUCAGUGGCAGCCUCAUGCACAUGCCACUCAGUAUCGGGUUGUCAUUGAGUCCUUGCUCAAUCACCCAAAGCAGGAAGUGAGACUGGAUGGCUCCACCUCUCGGCACUGCUUUUCUGACCUGAGUGCGAACACACAGUACAGGAUCAGUGUCUAUGCACAGCUCCAAGAUGCCGAGGGUCCUGCUGUCACCACCAUGCAGAAAACCUUCCCGGUACCCACUCCACCUCCCACCAGACCUCCUACCACCAUACCCCUCCCUACCAUUCCUGUGGCUAAAGAAGUAUGCAAAGCGGCGAAGGCAGAUCUGGUGUUCUUGGUUGAUGGCUCCUGGAGUAUUGGUGAUGACAACUUCCUGAAAAUCAUCCGCUUCCUGUAUAGCACAACCGGUGCACUAGAUGAGAUUGGUCCUGGAGGCACACAGGUGGCCAUUGCACAGUUCAGUGAUGAUGCCCGCACUGAGUUUAAACUGAACUCGUAUGAUAACAAGGAGAGUCUGCUAGACGCCAUUCAGAGGAUUUCAUAUAAAGGAGGAAACACGAAAACAGGACGCGCUAUGCAGCAUGUGAAGAAUGCUAUCUUCACAGUGGCUGGAGGAACGAGAAGGGGUGUGCCCAAAGUGUUGGUGGUCUUGACAGACGGACGAUCUCAAGAUGAUGUCAGUAAGAUCUCCCAGGAGAUACAGACAGAGGGUUACGUAGUGUUUGCGAUUGGUUUUGCUGAUGCGGAUUACGGGGAGCUGGUGAGCAUCGCCAGCAAACCCAGCGAGAGACACGUGUUCUUUGUGGACGACCUGGAUGCCUUCAGGAAGAUCGAAGAGAAACUCAUCACCUUUGUCUGUGAGGCAGCUUCAGCAACCUGCCCUUCUGUUCCAAUGCGUGGCAGCACACUACCAGGCUUUAGGAUGAUGGAACUUUUUGGGCUGGUGGAACACCUGUACAGCAGUGUGGAGGGUGUUUCCAUGGAGCCUGGGACCUUCAACAGCUUCAGCAGCUACAGACUAGCCAGAGAUGCCCUCCUGUCACAGCCUACCAGGUUUAUCCACCCCGAGGGCCUGCCAUCUGACUACACCAUCACCAUGCUGUUCCGCCUGCUUCCAGAAACCCCACAGGAGCCCUUUGCCUUAUGGGAAAUUCUCAACAGCAGAAAUGAACCCUUAAUAGGGGUCAUCCUGGAUAAUGGGGGCCAGACACUGACAUUCUUUAAUAACGACUAUAAGGGGGAUUUUCAGACAGUAACAUUUGAGGGUCCAGAGAUUAAGAAGCUCUUCUAUGGCAGUUUUCACAAGCUGCAUAUAGCCGUGAGCAAGACACUAGCCCUGGUGAUGGUGGACUGUAGCCUGGUUGGAGAGAAGCCCAUUAACGCUGCUGGAAACAUCACAGCAGAUGGAUUAGAGGUUCUAGGCAGAAUGGUCCGAUCUAGAGGUGCUAAGGACAACUCUGCACCGUUCCAGCUCCAGUCAUUUGAUAUUGUGUGUAGUACAUCAUGGGCUCGUCGAGACAAGUGCUGUGACCUUCCAAGUCUGAGGAAGGAAGCAGACUGUCCUGCUCUGCCUCGUGCCUGCACCUGCACUCAGGACAGUAAAGGACCUCCUGGCCCAGUUGGACCGCCGGGAAGUCCUGGUAUCCGAGGAACACGAGGCGACAGAGGAGAGCCAGGCCCUGUGGGGCCAGUGGGCUCAAUAGGAGAUGCAGGAGUACCAGGUGCUCAGGGACCCCCUGGACCACAGGGGCCAAGUGGACGAUCCAUCAGAGGUCCUCCGGGUGGACCAGGUGAGAAAGGGGAGAAAGGUGAAGCAGGACCUCGUGGGCUUCAGGGAAUACCAGGAACUUCAGGGACUCCAGGACGGGAGGGCCCACCAGGACCAAGGGGUUUGCCAGGUAAAGAUGGACCACAGGGAAGAAUGGGUCCCCCAGGAAAUAUUGGAGGUCCAGGAGCUCCUGGUGCACCAGGCCAGACCGGUCCUCCUGGACCCAUUGGAGAGCAGGGACCUUUGGGCCCUCCAGGUUCCAAAGGAGAGAAGGGAGAACGAGGUGAUAUGCAGUCUACCUCUUCAGUCCAAGCCAUUGCCAGACAAGUGUGUGAACAACUCAUACAGAGUGAGUCUGCAAUGACAUGUAUAACAUGUAUAAUAUGUAUGUGUUUGUGUGUGUGCACAUCAUUAAAUCAGUUGUUUCCUCACUUAGGUCACAUGGCCCGAUAUAACGCCAUCCUCAAUCAUGUUCCGAGUCAGCCGAUCUCUAUCCGCACCGUUGCUGGGCCUCCUGGCGAGCCAGGUCGGCCUGGUGCUCCCGGCCAUCAGGGGGAGCAGGGUCCACCCGGCCGGCCUGGAUUUCCUGGAUCUAAUGGCGAGAGCGGCCAACCUGGAGGCAGAGGACUUCCAGGUGAGAAAGGAGAGAAAGGAAGCCCAGGAGUUGGUGUUCAGGGACCCAGAGGACCUUCUGGACCUCCAGGGCCACCUGGUGAGGGAAGGACUGGUGGCCCUGGCCCGUCUGGUCGCCCUGGCAACCCUGGUACACCUGGCAGACCAGGCAUUCCUGGGCCAGUGGGGCCGGCUGGACCCCCAGGUUACUGUGACCCGAACUCCUGUGGAUACAGCAUCGGAGAAAGAGAUUUAGACAGUGAGGUGACUGACAGCGAUAUUCCUGUAGUCCAACUACCACCCAGCUCGUACCAACCCUACGGCUCGGAGGAGGAGGGCGUGGACGAGGACCCAUAUGGCAGCUAUGGGACCUACCCCUCCUACUACCAGCCCAACUACCCUGAACCCCGCCCUGUUGAGCCAGAUGAUCCAAUCAUAGUGGAGGAGACAGUGGAGCUGCGAUCGCCAGGGAUACAGCGGCGGACUCGCAGUGUAGCGGGGCAGAGUCAGAAUCACGACGCUGUGAAGAGAGACCCCAGAAUGACUGCUCAUUUUUGAUGCUUAAGUCCUGACACAGUAGUGUUAUAACACUGUUAUAUCAUCUACCACAUUUGUUAUAACACACCUUACAUACUAUUGCAUGUGGCAAAGUAACAACCACCACACAUUGGUGAAGUGAUCAGUGCUAGAGUAUGCGUGCACGGUCUGGUCAUUCUUUUAGUUAGAAUAGUAGAUUUUGUAGAACAGGGUUAUGGGUUUAUGGAUAGGUAGGAUUCUGAAGAUGGAUUGAAAAGUGUCUGGGGGUUUACAAGUGUUUGCACGAGUGAGAAAGCAGAGAACGCAGGGCAGUGAGAUGUGUUGUGUGAUCAUUUCUAAGUGCCUGAUAAGGAGAGACUGCAGGAGAGGUUUUCUGUCUGGUUCUUUCUGCCUCCCUCUCUCUCUCUUUUUCUUUACCUGUCCUCCACUCAUAUUCUCUCAUAUGCUCUCUAAUUUAACAUAACUGUUGCUUAGUUAUUGUAUUUUGACUUUCAUAUUGAUCGUCACCUGUACACAUCUUUUUUUUUUGAGGUUUUCAGACUUGUCAUCUGUUUUUUCAUAUGAAACUUUCUUCUUUUGCCUUUUGGUUUUCCAUUUCAAUUCAUCUCUAUCUAAAAUCACCUGGAGGGCAGAAGCCUCUGUAUUAAGUGCCUGUUAACAGUAUUAAUCGUGUGUUUGUUACGUUUAAUUUAGUGGAUUUUGUAGAUAAGAAUGUUGAUAAGUAUGCAGAUACUCUAUCCCAAUAAUUAUAAAAAAUUGUAGGUAUAAUUCAAAUAUGAAAAUAUGAAAUAUGAACAUUUUUGCAGAAGUGUACAAAUUUUUUUUCAUUAAAGAUGAAGAUUUCAUUUUCAUCUUUCAAAUUAUUUAUUUUAUUCCUUCGGUACCAUACAACAUAAUGGUUCUGCAUUCUUUACUGCUUUACAGCUUGUUAUAACCGAAUACUAACAUCAUUCACAAUUACUAACUGAAUUCACAAAUUAUGGAAAAGUUAUCAUGAUGAUUACCUUGUUGUACAUGCUAACAUACAUAUAUGUUUAUACAGAACCUACAGAAAGGUGCUAAAUGUAAUAAUAUAUAUGAUUAGACUGACUUUGUAGAAUUUGUGGAGUAUAUUUGCUUUUUUAAUUGUUUUUAUCCACGUGUUAAUGUGCUGCAGUGUCUGUGUUCGUUAGACUGUAGAACUGCACAUAUAAAGUAUCAUUAUCAAGAAUGAGAUAAAACAGAGUCAAACAAAUCCCUUAUUUUGACUCUUGAACUUGUUUUUAAAGCAAUAAAUAUCAAGUUCCAUCACA